CAUGAUCUCUCAAAAUGAUAAGUCAGUCAACGGCAAUGAAAGUCAACGGUCCGGAGCAUCCAAACUGGUUUGACUUUAGCAGUUUCGUAUACCGCAAAAAUUGGUCUGCUUCCUCUUACCCCGAAACAAAUCGAAUUCUCCAAACUGCCCCUAUGGUUCUAGGCACGUUUCAGAUGACAGCGCAGCGUACGGUCAUUGAGCCAACGGGGGCAUUCUAGCCCUAUAGAGAAAAAGAGCCGCUAACGAGAACGAAAGCAUCUUUUUGCCUUUUCUGGAAAAGAUACGAGACCCGUGGAAGUGUUGUGGAAAAUAGAGAGAGCGAACGCUUAGAAGCAAAUUUUUUUAGAGAGAGAGAGAGAGGAGGAGGUGCCUUGAAAUUUGUUGGGAGGGAAACUGAGCUGGUCAUGGUGAAUAGGCAGCAAUAGUUGAGGCAGCAACUGGAUAAGUCUUGUAAAAUUAGAUGGUUAGUUGCCACCAUGUGAUCUAUAGGAUGUUUUCUAGACUGCUGCUGUCUCACUCUGGCAUGGGCUUGGACAAAAGAACUGCAGAGAUACAGAACAAUAAUGGAAAAGCUCAGCAGACGAGGACUGUUUGCACGCAUGCCUUUUAUGAUCUUACAUAUAUUUCUCCAGUAGUAUUCAUAUACCUCCUGAAAGAAUGUUAUGUUUAUGGCACAUGUAAGGCAACUAAGAAGUUCCGAGGUCUUCAACAACAGGUCCAUCUUGUACUACACAAUGAUCCCCAACGUGGACCAGCUAUAUUUGUUCUUCAGUGCCUCUAUGUCUUGCCUAUAUUUGGCUUAUAUUGUGAAGGGUUCAGUCAUUUGAUUGUAUCAGCUCUUCGUCGUUUCCUCAAAAAAGCAGACAUCCCUGUGGAAGCAAAAGAUCUAGCCACCCAGUUAUUUCUUGAUAUUGUCAGGGGAUUUGUUAAACAUGAUGAGAGGGUGGUUGUGAAGAUUCUUGAGGUUUUUGAUGUUCAAUUGACAAACAUUGAGAAAGCGAUGUGCCCACUAAAAGAAAACAAUGAUGGUAGUUUUGACACAGCAAAAACAUUUGUUGAACAAUACAUAUAUGAAUUGAUAGAAUCUCAGUCAUAUAUGAAUGCAGUUACUUUAUUAGAGCACUUCUCUAUUCGCCAGUCAGGCCAGUCUUUUCUCCAUAGUAUGUUACAGUACAAUGAAUUUAAAGCAGCAGAGAAGUGGGCAGCAUUCAUCGGAAAACCAUUAUUAUGUGUUCUUGUCCAAUACUACGUUGAUAGGAACAUGCUAAACAAUGCUUAUGAGAUGAUAAAGAAAAACAAUCUCCAGCAGGAAUUUCCUGAUGUUUAUCAUAAGUGUAAAGAGAGCUCACUGAAGAAGCUAGCAGAAAAAGGAUGCUGGGAUGUUGCAGAAGCAAAAGCAAACAAGAACAGGCAGCUUCUUGAAUAUUUGGUUUAUUUGGCAAUGGAAGCUGGUUAUUCUGAGAAAGUUGAUGAGCUGUGUGAUCGAUACUCACUUGAAGGUUUUCUGAAUGACAAAGUACCAGAGGCAAGUCUUCUGCAUAGUCGCUAUUUGGAUCUCAAUGAAUUGGUUGUAGAAGACAUCAUUUGGGUUGAUGAACCUGAUGCUUUACUUAAUGCAACGUGUCAUAUUGAGGGAUGUAAAGUUGUGGGUGUUGAUUGUGAAUGGAAACCAAAUUAUAUAAAAGGCAACAAACCAAACAAGGUUUCUAUCAUGCAAAUUUCUUCUGAUAAGAUGGUUUUUAUCUUUGACCUCUUAAAGUUAUUUGAAGAUGUACCUGACAUUCUGGACAACUGCCUGACCCGCAUUUUACAAUCGCCUAGAAUUUUAAAACUUGGCUAUAAUUUUCAAUGUGAUAUAAAGCAGCUCGCUCAUUCCUAUAAAGAUUUGUUGUGUUUCAAGCACUAUGAAAUGUUACUGGACAUUCAAAAUAUAUUCAAGGAACCUCGUGGUGGUCUCUCUGGGCUUGCAAAGAAAAUUUUAGGAGCUGGUUUGAACAAAACAAGACGAAACAGCAACUGGGAGCAGCGCCCUUUGACUCGGAAUCAGCUGGAAUAUGCUGCUCUUGAUGCUGCUGUACUUAUUCACAUAUUUCGCCAUGUCCGGAGCCAUCCUUAUACUGCUGAUGCAGAGGCAGAAGAGAAAAUUGAGUGGAAGUCCCACAUUCUUUCCCACAUCGAUAAUGUCAAGAAGUCCAAAAAGGAAAAUAGAAAGCAAUCGAAAGCUGAUAAGGAGCGUUGGCAAUUUGAAGAAAUGGAAAAGAAUGAAAAGUUGCUGUUUCCCUGAAGUCUUAAAUAUCUGAACAAUUUCUUGCCUCAAGACUUUCUAUGAGAAAGUAACUCAGUCAUACGACAUGGUUGCAUUUUGGGCAAAAUCCAAAUCCAUUUCGAAGGAUUAAAGGUUUAGUAUUUGUGCAUAAGUAUAAUCAAGUUGGAGAUGUGCGAUGUUUACACCGUUGUGGAAUGUUUUUUCAUUUUCUUCCCCAAAUGUUUAUCGAAAUUGAAAUCUUCACCUAGACAGAAAACCAUCCUUCUUAACGAGGUAAAGUAAUCGGGUGUGAAAAAUCUUCCUUUUAUCUUUACAUAUGCGAGAUUUUGCAUUGGAAUGAUUAGAAAAUCUAAGGAACAAUUUGGUUCUGA